AUGAAGCGUUUACCCUGGGACUGGCAGAGAGGGACAGCCGCUCUUCUAUUUAUAUCCCAAACAGUGGUCGCCAUGGUGAUCCCUAACUCCACCCACCUGGAGGCUAUGCUGGAAAAGUACCUUGAGGAGGAUGGAGAGGGGGUGGCGCCCAGGCUGAGGGGGAAGAGAGCCAUCAGUGAGAGUGACAUGCACCUGAUCCUGGAUCUGCACAAUAAGCUGAGGGGGGAAGUCUACCCGCAAGCCUCAAAUAUGGAGUACAUGGUGUGGGACACAGAGCUCGAGAGAAGCGCGGAAGCCUGGGCUCACACUUGCCUUUGGGAGCACGGCCCAGCCAGCAUGCUGACCCAGAUCGGACAGAACCUGGGGGCUCACUGGGGCAGAGACCGGCCGCCUACCUUUCACGUCCAGGCCUGGUAUGAUGAAGUGAGGGACUUCUCUUACCCCUAUCCCCAGGAAUGUGACCCUUACUGUCCUUACCGCUGCCGUGGGCCAGUGUGCACCCACUACACACAGCUGGUUUGGGCCACUAGCAAUAGGAUUGGCUGUGCCAUCAAUGUGUGCUACAACAUGAACGUGUGGGGGAUGAUCUGGGCCAAAGCCGUCUACCUGGUCUGCAAUUACUCCCCGCCGGGGAACUGGUGGGGGCAUGCCCCGUACAAACAUGGCAGCCCAUGCUCGGCUUGCCCCCCCAGCUAUGGCGGGGGGUGCAGGGACAAUCUGUGCUAUAAAGAAGAUGGGGCGGAAAGACGAUACCAUCCUGAAACAGAAGAAACAAACUACAUUGAGCCUGAAGUGCCCAGAACUCCAGAACCCAGGUCACGAGGGCAUUCCCCCACCCCCUCCCCGAACGAACACACGGAGAGGAACGAGGUGGUGAGCACCAGGCAGAUGUCCCAGCAGGUGUCCUGUGAGGAUAAGCUACGUGAUAAAUGCAAAGGAACAACCUGUAACAGGUACGAAUGCCCAGCUGGCUGCUCACACAGCAAAGCCAAAGUAUUCGGAAGUGGCUAUUACGACAUGCAAUCUAGUAUUUGCGGUGCUGGUUUACAUGCUGGGAUAGUGGACAAUGAGGGAGGCUGGCUGGAUAUCACAAGAGUGGGGAGGAAAGAGCACUUCACAAAAUCCAACAAAAAUGGGGUGCAGACUCUGGGAAAAUCACAGAGUGCAAACGCUUUCACGGUGUCAAAAGUUCCAGUGAAAGCUAUCACGUGUGAGACUACAGUUGCCCAGCUCUGCCCUUUCAAAAAGCCAGUUAGACACUGUCCAAGGUUAUACUGCCCCCGUAACUGUGUCCAGGAGCACUAUCACUAUGCCAGAGUCAUCGGGACUCGUGUUUACUCAGAUAAAUCCAGCAUUUGCCGUGCUGCCAUCCACGCUGGGGUCAUUAAGAAUGAAGCAGGAGGAUACCUGGACGUGAUGCCUGUGGACAGGAGGCGGCAGUACAUUGGCUCGUACCAGAACGGGAUCUCCUCGGAGAGCAUACGGAAUCCUUCAGCAGGCAAAGCAUUCCGAGUGUUUGCGGUCAUUUGA